AUGGACCUACUAGAAGCCAUCGGGACCAUGCUCGACGUCAUCAGGCUACGUAAAGCUGAUGAGGGACCUCCGCCUUUUGUCAUACACGACUGUUUCCAAGUUACUUCAUGGCGUCUCGAGUAUAAAAACCAUACUAAAGUAACCAAAAUCUCAUCCCCAUCAAAGGGAUUUCCUUUAUGUCUCUAGGUAGGGGAAUGGACUCCUUGGAAGCAGAAGGCUCAUCACCACCGGCCAUGAUUGCCGUGAUUGCUGAGCUAACAAAAGUUCGUCAAUCAGUAGCCGCACUUGCCAAUCUGCGUCUUGUCGAUCCGCUGGAGUUGCCGACAGCCAAACUCCUCGUUGAGCAGACUGCGAGCUCAAUCUCUAAAGCAUUUGCGGUUCUGGAGUCUGAAAAGGGCCGAAACCACACAGAGGCUCAAGUGGGCUCCCCUUCUUCUGAUGUCACCAUUAGAUCUCCGGUAGAGAAGAGGAAGAUCCAGAACACAAGGAAAGCAACCAACAGAAAAAGAGGGAACCCAUAUUCAUGGAAAAGGAUUACUUCAGCUACCAUUGAUGAUGGGUACGCAUGGAGGAAGUAUGGGCAAAAAGAGAUUUUCAAUGCCAAAUAUCCAAGAAACUACUUCAGAUGCACAAACAAGUAUGAUAGAGGCUGCGAAGCGACAAGACAGGUGCAGAAGUCAGAAGACGAUCCCUUCUCAUAUGUAAUCACAUACUUUGGGAAGCACACAUGCGGAGCUGAGAAAGAGAACAAUCCAAGAUGCAAAGAACCAUGUGUUACUAGCUUUGAAUCUAACGCCGUCAAUGGCACCAAACAAGAGAUUCCCUUUUCUUCCUUCUCAUCUCCACAGCAAGAAAAUGAGGAAGAAGGAAGCAAACUCACCUCCUGCAAUUCACUUUCAAACUACUUUGAGCUGCCAGAGGAGUUACAGAAGCCAUCCAUGAUAGAAUUAGAACCCGACUGGAGUGAUUCAUGGCCGGGCUUGAAUUCUUCCAUCACCAGUUAUGAUAUGGAAUUUAUGGAGCUUGGGGACAUAUUAGGUUUUGAUCAAAAUAAGUUUUUUACAUGAUAGGUUGAUGUGGAGACCUUUGAGAGCAGAGUUUUAGCAUCCUUUUUGUUAACCCAAAGUUCUGAGUUUGGAAUAGAGUUGGAGAGGAAGAUGUGAUAUAAUCUCAGCAUCAAGACAGUGAAUGUAAGAAAUAGCUAUUGUUCUGUGUUUCGGUGAAUUGUGAUUUCACUUAUUUGUUAAAAGUUUGAAAGUUUGAUGAUGUAGAAACUUUAGCAUCCCAGCCCAACUGCCUCUGCAGAAUCUGAACACUGCGCCUUCUUUGCAACAUCGGUCUUAAGUAGUUCGAGCUAGUCUUUGUUUCAUUACAUUGCCAUCAUAACUAAAGAACAGUCUUCAAACAAAACCACUCUUUCAUUAUGUGAAAAUUUGCAGCAUAUUCUCCUCUUUUAGAAGAUAACAAUUUACAAUUCUGCAAUAUUUCAGCUGUUUUCUCCACUUUCAAAUCAAACAGUUCAGCUGUCCGGUAGAUAUGACUCAUAUAUCAGGUAAGGGAUAGAUGCUGGAGCGUAGCGGAGAGAGCGAGCAUAGUGGAGUGGAGCGGAAGCAUCUGUCCAGUCGGGGGAGUCUUGUUAAGUGGGUUGAGGGAGGGUAUUUUUGUAAUUUCAUUAAAGGUUGUAUUUAUAUAUAAUAUUUGUAACCCUAUGAGAACUAUAUUUUUAUGAAAUACAGACAUAGCCGCUUUGCUCUCGAGGACGCAGGCACAAAUUGCCUAACCUCAUAAAUUUCCAUGUGUUCUUGAUUUUCGUUUUUCUUCUUCUUUGGAUUUUCACUUCACUGUCAAAAGACAUGAAGCUCAGAAAAAUCUUAUUUCUGUUGCAAGUUUUAUUUGAACGAACAACAAUACUCCUGUGAAGCAGAAUUAGUCAGACUUCUUGUGAUAUCUGA